AUGUUCUCUAAAGAAUUCUUUAAAGACCUAAAUAUAUCAUCGACUGUCGUUUGCCAGUCUCCGUCUCCGGUCAAGCAAGCAACGAUUAAAAUCUGUGUGUGCGCCUAUUGUGAUAAUUACGGUAAUUUGCGGGCGGAACAGAAAGACGUCAUUUACAUCAUUAAUUUGCUAGAACCACAUAUUAAAUGUUCGUCUCGUCGGAGUAGGGCUUUCACCAUUGCCCUGAGAUUCUUUGCGAGUGGCAUUUUCCUUUACACUAUUGGAGAUGCGGAGAACUUGGUGAAAAGUGCUGUCUGUGGUGCCAUUCGCAAAGUUUGCCUGGCGCUCAAGCAGUUUUUAGGGGUUUUUGUGGUAUUUCCAAGACACUUAACGCCCCAGGUUGUAAAACAGAAUUUUUUCGCCAUUGCAGGCUUUCCUAAUGUGAUUGGUGCCAUAGACUGCACGCACAUCCCCAUCAAGGCCCCACCAGGCCCCAAUGAAGGGGAUUUUGUGAACCGAAAGGGUGUAAAUUUGCAGGUGAUUAUGACGGGAUCCUGCUUGGAGACAGGGGCUAUGCCUGCAGGCAGUAUUUUAUGAUGCCAUUCCCUGACCCAAACCCUGGACCACAAACCCGUUACAAUGCAGCUCUAGCCAGGACAAGGG